AUGCGUUGUUCAACUCUUGCUGCUUCUGCCAUUGCUUCCUUUGCAUUCUUGCAAUGUAUCGUGGCACCGGUUCCCUUGAUGGCAAUCGGCAUUUCAGCCGCGACAGCAGAAGCUAUAACCUCCGGAGUUACAGCGGGCACAAUCGGCGCCGCCACCACCGUCGGCCUGACCUGCGGCACCGGCAAAUGCAACAGGCGUAGCCGUGCUGCGUUCAUCUAUGCCUCAAAGAUAGCACAAGAGAUCGCCGAGCAACUAAACAUCCCCGAUGGGGACGCACCGGGAAUCCCGCCACCCCCUACAGCUCCCGAGGGAGUGCCGCAGUUCAACAUCGACGCUUGUUACUAUGAUGCCCUGAACGCAAAUGUCACGAUGAACGGCCCCAUAGGAGAUAACCAUAUUAGGGUUGAAGGCCUUCCUCAGACCUGUAUGGUCCUGAGCACUGUUCUCAGUGGCAAGGUCGAUGGCCCUCAACCUAUCCCCUGCGGCAAUGCUUGUAUUGAAUACACAGGAAUGUCGGUGGAUGAAUACGAGAGCAUCCGGCAUAUUCUCAAUACACAGGUGUUGAAGAACGGCGAAACUUGA